AUGUCUCGCAGGGUUCCGUGGUCGAUUCAGGAGCGGUCGAGUUCAGGAAAGGCUCCGUUGUGGUCUCGCAGGGUUCCGUGGUCGAUUCAGAAGCGGUCGAGUUCAGGAAAGGCUCCGUUGUGGUCUCGCAGGGGUUCCGUGGUCGAUUCAGAAGCGGUCGAGUUCAGGAAAGGCUCCGUUGUGGUCUCGCAGGGGUUCCGUGGUCGAUUCAGGAGCGGUCGAGUUCAGGAAAGGCUCCGUUGUGGUCUCGCAGGGGUUCCGUGGUCGAUUCAGGAGCGGUCGAGUUCAGGAAAGGCUCCGUUGUGGUCUCGCAGGGGUUCCGUGGUCGAUUCAGGAGCGGUCGAGUUCAGGAAAGGCUCCGUUGUGGUCUCGCAGGGUUCCGUGGUCGAUUCAGGAGCGGUCGAGUUCAGGAAAGGCUCCGUUGUGGUCUCGCAGGGUUCCGUGGUCGAUUCAGAAGCGGUCGAGUUCAGGAAAGGCUCCGUUGUGGUCUCGCAGGGUUCCGUGGUCGAUUCAGAAGCGGUCGAGUUCAGGAAAGGCUCCGUUGUGGUCUCGCAGGGUUCCGUGGUCGAUUCAGAAGCGGUCGAGUUCAGGAAAGGCUCCGUUGUGGUCUCGCAGGGGUUCCGUGGUCGAUUCAGGAGCGGUCGAGUUCAGGAAAGGCUCCGUUGUGGUCUCGCAGGGGUUCCGUGGUCGAUUCAGGAGCGGUCGAGUUCAGGAAAGGCUCCGUUGUGGUCUCGCAGGGUUCCGUGGUCGAUUCAGGAGCGGUCGAGUUCAGGAAAGGCUCCGUUGUGGUCUCGCAGGGGUUCCGUGGUCGAUUCAGGAGCGGUCGAGUUCAGGAAAGGCUCCGUUGUGGUCUCGCAGGGGUUCCGUGGUCGAUUCAGAAGCGGUCGAGUUCAGGAAAGGCUCCGUUGUGGUCUCGCAGGGGUUCCGUGGUCGAUUCAGGAGCGGUCGAGUUCAGGAAAGGCUCCGUUGUGGUCUCGCAGGGGUUCCGUGGUCGAUUCAGGAGCGGUCGAGUUCAGGAAAGGCUCCGUUGUGGUCUCGCAGGGGUUCCGUGGUCGAUUCAGAAGCGGUCGAGUUCAGGAAAGGCUCCGUUGUGGUCUCGCAGGGGUUCCGUGGUCGAUUCAGGAGCGGUCGAGUUCAGGAAAGGCUCCGUUGUGGUCUCGCAGGGGUUCCGUGGUCGAUUCAGGAGCGGUCGAGUUCAGGAAAGGCUCCGUUGUGGUCUCGCAGGGUUCCGUGGUCGAUUCAGGAGCGGUCGAGUUCAGGAAAGGCUCCGUUGUGGUCUCGCAGGGUUCCGUGGUCGAUUCAGGAGCGGUCGAGUUCAGGAAAGGCUCCGUUGUGGUCUCGCAGGGGUUCCGUGGUCGAUUCAGGAGCGGUCGAGUUCAGGAAAGGCUCCGUUGUGGUCUCGCAGGGGUUCCGUGGUCGAUUCAGGAGCGGUCGAGUUCAGGAAAGGCUCCGUUGUGGUCUCGCAGGGUUCCGUGGUCGAUUCAGGAGCGGUCGAGUUCAGGAAAGGCUCCGUUGUGGUCUCGCAGGGGUUCCGUGGUCGAUUCAGGAGCGGUCGAGUUCAGGAAAGGCUCCGUUGUGGUCUCGCAGGGUUCCGUGGUCGAUUCAGGAGCGGUCGAGUUCAGGAAAGGCUCCGUUGUGGUCUCGCAGGGGUUCCGUGGUCGAUUCAGGAGCGGUCGAGUUCAGGAAAGGCUCCGUUGUGGUCUCGCAGGGGUUCCGUGGUCGAUUCAGGAGCGGUCGAGUUCAGGAAAGGCUCCGUUGUGGUCUCGCAGGGGUUCCGUGGUCGAUUCAGGAGCGGUCGAGUUCAGGAAAGGCUCCGUUGUGGUCUCGCAGGGGUUCCGUGGUCGAUUCAGGAGCGGUCGAGUUCAGGAAAGGCUCCGUUGUGGUCUCGCAGGGGUUCCGUGGUCGAUUCAGGAGCGGUCGAGUUCAGGAAAGGCUCCGUUGUGGUCUCGCAGGGGUUCCGUGGUCGAUUCAGGAGCGGUCGAGUUCAGGAAAGGCUCCGUUGUGGUCUCGCAGGGGUUCCGUGGUCGAUUCAGGAGCGGUCGAGUUCAGGAAAGGCUCCGUUGUGGUCUCGCAGGGUUCCGUGGUCGAUUCAGGAGCGGUCGAGUUCAGGAAAGGCUCCGUUGUGGUCUCGCAGGGGUUCCGUGGUCGAUUCAGGAGCGGUCGAGUUCAGGAAAGGCUCCGUUGUGGUCUCGCAGGGUUCCGUGGUCGAUUCAGGAGCGGUCGAGUUCAGGAAAGGCUCCGUUGUGGUCUCGCAGGGGUUCCGUGGUCGAUUCAGGAGCGGUCGAGUUCAGGAAAGGCUCCGUUGUGGUCUCGCAGGGGUUCCGUGGUCGAUUCAGGAGCGGUCGAGUUCAGGAAAGGCUCCGUUGUGGUCUCGCAGGGGUUCCGUGGUCGAUUCAGGAGCGGUCGAGUUCAGGAAAGGCUCCGUUGUGGUCUCGCAGGGGUUCCGUGGUCGAUUCAGGAGCGGUCGAGUUCAGGAAAGGCUCCGUUGUGGUCUCGCAGGGGUUCCGUGGUCGAUUCAGGAGCGGUCGAGUUCAGGAAAGGCUCCGUUGUGGUCUCGCAGGGGUUCCGUGGUCGAUUCAGGAGCGGUCGAGUUCAGGAAAGGCUCCGUUGUGGUCUCGCAGGGGUUCCGUGGUCGAUUCAGGAGCGGUCGAGUUCAGGAAAGGCUCCGUUGUGGUCUCGCAGGGGUUCCGUGGUCGAUUCAGGAGCGGUCGAGUUCAGGAAAGGCUCCGUUGUGGUCUCGCAGGGGUUCCGUGGUCGAUUCAGGAGCGGUCGAGUUCAGGAAAGGCUCCGUUGUGGUCUCGCAGGGGUUCCGUGGUCGAUUCAGGAGCGGUCGAGUUCAGGAAAGGCUCCGUUGUGGUCUCGCAGGGGUUCCGUGGUCGAUUCAGGAGCGGUCGAGUUCAGGAAAGGCUCCGUUGUGGUCUCGCAGGGUUCCGUGGUCGAUUCAGGAGCGGUCGAGUUCAGGAAAGGCUCCGUUGUGGUCUCGCAGGGGUUCCGUGGUCGAUUCAGGAGCGGUCGAGUUCAGGAAAGGCUCCGUUGUGGUCUCGCAGGGGUUCCGUGGUCGAUUCAGGAGCGGUCGAGUUCAGGAAAGGCUCCGUUGUGGUCUCGCAGGGGUUCCGUGGUCGAUUCAGGAGCGGUCGAGUUCAGGAAAGGCUCCGUUGUGGUCUCGCAGGGGUUCCGUGGUCGAUUCAGGAGCGGUCGAGUUCAGGAAAGGCUCCGUUGUGGUCUCGCAGGGGUUCCGUGGUCGAUUCAGGAGCGGUCGAGUUCAGGAAAGGCUCCGUUGUGGUCUCGCAGGGGUUCCGUGGUCGAUUCAGGAGCGGUCGAGUUCAGGAAAGGCUCCGUUGUGGUCUCGCAGGGGUUCCGUGGUCGAUUCAGGAGCGGUCGAGUUCAGGAAAGGCUCCGUUGUGGUCUCGCAGGGGUUCCGUGGUCGAUUCAGGAGCGGUCGAGUUCAGGAAAGGCUCCGUUGUGGUCUCGCAGGGGUUCCGUGGUCGAUUCAGGAGCGGUCGAGUUCAGGAAAGGCUCCGUUGUGGUCUCGCAGGGUUCCGUGGUCGAUUCAGGAGCGGUCGAGUUCAGGAAAGGCUCCGUUGUGGUCUCGCAGGGGUUCCGUGGUCGAUUCAGGAGCGGUCGAGUUCAGGAAAGGCUCCGUUGUGGUCUCGCAGGGGUUCCGUGGUCGAUUCAGGAGCGGUCGAGUUCAGGAAAGGCUCCGUUGUGGUCUCGCAGGGUUCCGUGGUCGAUUCAGGAGCGGUCGAGUUCAGGAAAGGCUCCGUUGUGGUCUCGCAGGGGUUCCGUGGUCGAUUCAGGAGCGGUCGAGUUCAGGAAAGGCUCCGUUGUGGUCUCGCAGGGGUUCCGUGGUCGAUUCAGGAGCGGUCGAGUUCAGGAAAGGCUCCGUUGUGGUCUCGCAGGGGUUCCGUGGUCGAUUCAGGAGCGGUCGAGUUCAGGAAAGGCUCCGUUGUGGUCUCGCAGGGGUUCCGUGGUCGAUUCAGGAGCGGUCGAGUUCAGGAAAGGCUCCGUUGUGGUCUCGCAGGGGUUCCGUGGUCGAUUCAGGAGCGGUCGAGUUCAGGAAAGGCUCCGUUGUGGUCUCGCAGGGUUCCGUGGUCGAUUCAGGAGCGGUCGAGUUCAGGAAAGGCUCCGUUGUGGUCUCGCAGGGUUCCGUGGUCGAUUCAGGAGCGGUCGAGUUCAGGAAAGGCUCCGUUGUGGUCUCGCAGGGUUCCGUGGUCGAUUCAGGAGCGGUCGAGUUCAGGAAAGGCUCCGUUGUGGUCUCGCAGGGUUCCGUGGUCGAUUCAGGAGCGGUCGAGUUCAGGAAAGGCUCCGUUGUGGUCUCGCAGGGUUCCGUGGUCGAUUCAGGAGCGGUCGAGUUCAGGAAAGGCUCCGUUGUGGUCUCGCAGGGUUCCGUGGUCGAUUCAGGAGCGGUCGAGUUCAGGAAAGGCUCCGUUGUGGUCUCGCAGGGUUCCGUGGUCGAUUCAGGAGCGGUCGAGUUCAGGAAAGGCUCCGUUGUGGUCUCGCAGGGGUUCCGUGGUCGAUUCAGGAGCGGUCGAGUUCAGGAAAGGCUCCGUUGUGGUCUCGCAGGGGUUCCGUGGUCGAUUCAGGAGCGGUCGAGUUCAGGAAAGGCUCCGUUGUGGUCUCGCAGGGGUUCCGUGGUCGAUUCAGGAGCGGUCGAGUUCAGGAAAGGCUCCGUUGUGGUCUCGCAGGGUUCCGUGGUCGAUUCAGGAGCGGUCGAGUUCAGGAAAGGCUCCGUUGUGGUCUCGCAGGGGUUCCGUGGUCGAUUCAGGAGCGGUCGAGUUCAGGAAAGGCUCCGUUGUGGUCUCGCAGGGGUUCCGUGGUCGAUUCAGGAGCGGUCGAGUUCAGGAAAGGCUCCGUUGUGGUCUCGCAGGGGUUCCGUGGUCGAUUCAGGAGCGGUCGAGUUCAGGAAAGGCUCCGUUGUGGUCUCGCAGGGGUUCCGUGGUCGAUUCAGGAGCGGUCGAGUUCAGGAAAGGCUCCGUUGUGGUCUCGCAGGGGUUCCGUGGUCGAUUCAGGAGCGGUCGAGUUCAGGAAAGGCUCCGUUGUGGUCUCGCAGGGGUUCCGUGGUCGAUUCAGGAGCGGUCGAGUUCAGGAAAGGCUCCGUUGUGGUCUCGCAGGGGUUCCGUGGUCGAUUCAGGAGCGGUCGAGUUCAGGAAAGGCUCCGUUGUGGUCUCGCAGGGGUUCCGUGGUCGAUUCAGGAGCGGUCGAGUUCAGGAAAGGCUCCGUUGUGGUCUCGCAGGGGUUCCGUGGUCGAUUCAGGAGCGGUCGAGUUCAGGAAAGGCUCCGUUGUGGUCUCGCAGGGUUCCGUGGUCGAUUCAGGAGCGGUCGAGUUCAGGAAAGGCUCCGUUGUGGUCUCGCAGGGGUUCCGUGGUCGAUUCAGGAGCGGUCGAGUUCAGGAAAGGCUCCGUUGUGGUCUCGCAGGGGUUCCGUGGUCGAUUCAGGAGCGGUCGAGUUCAGGAAAGGCUCCGUUGUGGUCUCGCAGGGGUUCCGUGGUCGAUUCAGGAGCGGUCGAGUUCAGGAAAGGCUCCGUUGUGGUCUCGCAGGGGUUCCGUGGUCGAUUCAGGAGCGGUCGAGUUCAGGAAAGGCUCCGUUGUGGUCUCGCAGGGGUUCCGUGGUCGAUUCAGGAGCGGUCGAGUUCAGGAAAGGCUCCGUUGUGGUCUCGCAGGGGUUCCGUGGUCGAUUCAGGAGCGGUCGAGUUCAGGGAAAGGCUCCGUUGUGGUCUCGCAGGGGUUCCGUGGUCGAUUCAGGAGCGGUCGAGUUCAGGAAAGGCUCCGUUGUGGUCUCGCAGGGGUUCCGUGGUCGAUUCAGGAGCGGUCGAGUUCAGGAAAGGCUCCGUUGUGGUCUCGCAGGGGUUCCGUGGUCGAUUCAGGAGCGGUCGAGUUCAGGAAAGGCUCCGUUGUGGUCUCGCAGGGGUUCCGUGGUCGAUUCAGGAGCGGUCGAGUUCAGGAAAGGCUCCGUUGUGGUCUCGCAGGGGUUCCGUGGUCGAUUCAGGAGCGGUCGAGUUCAGGAAAGGCUCCGUUGUGGUCUCGCAGGGGUUCCGUGGUCGAUUCAGGAGCGGUCGAGUUCAGGAAAGGCUCCGUUGUGGUCUCGCAGGGGUUCCGUGGUCGAUUCAGGAGCGGUCGAGUUCAGGAAAGGCUCCGUUGUGGUCUCGCAGGGGUUCCGUGGUCGAUUCAGGAGCGGUCGAGUUCAGGAAAGGCUCCGUUGUGGUCUCGCAGGGGUUCCGUGGUCGAUUCAGGAGCGGUCGAGUUCAGGAAAGGCUCCGUUGUGGUCUCGCAGGGGUUCCGUUGUCGAUUCAGGAGCGGUCGAGUUCAGGAAAGGCUCCGUUGUGGUCUCGCAGGGGUUCCGUUGUCGAUUCAGGAGCGGUCGAGUUCAGGAAAGGCUCCGUUGUGGUCUCGCAGGGGUUCCGUGGUCGAUUCAGGAGCGGUCGAGUUCAGGAAAGGCUCCGUUGUGGUCUCGCAGGGUUCCGUUGUCGAUUCAGGAGCGGUCGAGUUCAGGAAAGGCUCCGUUGUGGUCUCGCAGGGUUCCGUUGUCGAUUCAGGAGCGGUCGAGUUCAGGAAAGGCUCCGUUGUGGUCUCGCCGAGCUGA